AAUGUGUCACUUUUGGAACAAAUGUAGUGAUUUUAAUUAAAUUUAUCUUUAUUACAACUUCUUUGUAUCAUCAAAUUAUUUCUUGUUAUCAAUGAAUAUUUCAAAAGGUAACAAAUAAAACGUUUUGGAGGGAAAUAUUAUUAGAGCAAUCAAUCAAUUGACAAACUAUAAUAUGGUACUAUUUUUUCGAUUUAUGUAUUAUGAUAAAUUCAAUUGGUUUCAAGGAGCAAGGUUUAGUUCAACAGCUGUGCACUAACGUUUUAUUUCGUUGAAGUUUCAUAUAAAUUAGUAAACAAGUUAGCAAUGAGCUGCAUCAGGUGUUGUCUUUAUAAUACAAGGUCUUUAGUGUCCUCUAAUCAUGCGUCAAAUCAUGUAUACAAAAUAGUCCGAGUUGUGGCAAAAAGGUCUUUAGCAACCACUUGCGUAUUAUCAAAAGUACCAAGUGAACCUACACCACCAAGUAAAGACAUUGGAAAUUCUACAACAGGUGCUAUUGGUAGUGGAAAUAGCGGUAGUGGUGAUGGAGGUGGAAAAAAAAAUACACUAACUUGCCCUAAAUGUGGCGAUCCUUGUACGCAUGUUGAAACAUUCGUCUCUUCAACUAGAUUUGUAAAGUGUGAAAAAUGUCAUCAUUUCUUUGUGGUCUUAUCUGAAAUUGACUCUAAACGAAGUUUGAAGGAAGCCACGCCAAGGCCAGAAGACACUAAACAGGGAUUUUACAGGAAACCUCCACCACCUCCUAAAAAAAUUUUUGAAUACCUGAAUAAACAUGUUGUUGGUCAAGAGUACGCCAAGAAAGUUCUCAGUGUAGCUGUUUAUAAUCACUAUAAACGUAUUCACAACAAUCUUCCUCAGCAAAAUGCCGUUCAACCUGCGAAUAAUUCUGUGGGAUCUCAAGAACUCAACUAUCCUUUUACUCAUAGAGGUCCUAAAGCGCAUUUACUUCAUGUGUCAAGCAUUGGCAAUCCAUUAGGAGUUGGUUUUCAACAUGGUCCCAGUCCAACUGAACAACAGAAAAAUACUUCAAGCCAAUCUGUUCCCGGAUCGGAUAUAUUAGACAAUACUCAGCAUCAAUUAAAAUUAGAAAAGAGCAAUAUUCUACUGCUAGGGCCUACUGGAUCAGGAAAAACAUUACUAGCUCAAACUAUAGCUCAAUGUUUAGAUGUACCUUUCGCAAUUUGCGACUGUACUACUCUGACUCAAGCUGGAUAUGUUGGUGAAGACAUUGAAAGUGUUAUAGCUAAAUUACUUCAAGAUGCUAAUUACAUCGUUGACCGAGCCCAAAUGGGAAUAGUAUUUUUAGAUGAAGUUGAUAAAAUUGGUGCAGUACCUGGAAUCCAUCAACUAAGGGACGUUGGUGGUGAAGGAGUACAACAAGGCAUGUUGAAGAUGCUGGAAGGAACAAUUGUUAAUGUACCAGAGAGAAAUAGUUCGCGAAAACUUCGUGGUGAUACGUUACAAGUUGAUACUACAAAUAUUCUCUUUGUUGCAUCUGGUGCUUAUAAUGGACUAGAUAGACUUGUGUCACGCCGGAAAAAUGAAAAGUACCUUGGCUUUGGAGCAGCACCGGCAACUGAAAGCCCUGGUAGGAGAGCAGCAACACUUGCUGAUAUUGCUAAUAUGUCUCCAUCAACUGAGGAAGACAACAAAGAGAAAGACAUUCUUCUUAGACAAGUUGAAGCCAGAGAUCUUAUUGAUUUUGGAAUGAUACCUGAGUUUGUUGGAAGAUUUCCUAUUUUAGUUCCUUUCCACACGUUGGAUAGAACUAUGCUUGUAAGAAUUUUGACUGAACCUAGCAAUGCUAUGGUUCCACAAUACCAAAUGUUGUUCUCUAUGGACAAGGUCGAUUUAACAUUCACAAAUGAAGCAUUAGAUGCAAUAGCAGCAUUAGCAAUGGAGAGAAAAACAGGAGCGAGAGGAUUAAGAGCAAUAAUGGAAUCUUUAUUACUAGAACCAAUGUUCGAUGUUCCUGGUAGUGAUGUUUUAUCAGUACACAUUACGGAAGCAUGUGUUCGUGGUACUGAAAAACCUCAAUAUGUUCGAGGAGGUGAAUCUACGGAAGAAGAACAACCACAACAAGCGCAGCAUGUGAAUAAUUGAGAUUUAAAAAAAAA